AUGGAAGGCCCGCCAGACAUCAAUACCGUCCUUACCAACUCGCUGAGUCCCGACGCGACUCUGCGACAUGCGGCCGAGCAGCAACUUACACAGGCCGCCGAGACAAACUUUUCACAAUACCUCCUCACACUCGUCCAAGCCUUGGCAAAUGAGAACGGCGAGGGGCACAUUCGAGCCGCGGCCGGUCUUGCCUUGAAAAACGCCUUCAGUGCACGCGAGUUUGCCAGGCAAGCGGCGCUACAAGCAAAAUGGCUGAACCAAACGGACCAAGAAACAAAGACACGCGUCAAGCAGCUGGCCCUCGAGACUCUGGGAUCCGCUAAUGCUCAAGCCGGCCAAGCAACCGCCCAGGUCGUUGCGGCCAUCGCGGCCAUUGAGCUUCCCCGGGAUCAGUGGCCAGACCUUAUGCACGCGCUGGUUCGGAACGUCAGCGAGGGCACUCAGCACCAGAAGCAAGCCUCCCUAACGGCUAUAGGUUUUAUCUGUGAGAGCCAGGAUACCGACCUCCGGAACAGUUUGGUCAAGCAUUCCAACGCUAUCUUAACGGCCGUCGUGCAGGGUGCGCGCAAGGAGGAGACGAACAAGGAUGUCCGCCUUGCUGCCAUCACCGCCCUGGGCGAUUCGCUCGAGUUUGUUGGCAACAACUUCAAGAACGAAGGCGAGCGCAACUAUAUCAUGCAGGUCGUUUGCGAGGCCACACAGGCUGAGGAUUCUCGGAUACAACAGGGGGCGUUCGGCUGCCUGAACCGGAUCAUGGCUCUGUACUAUGAGCAUAUGAGGUUCUACAUGGAGAAGGCUCUGUUUGGUCUCACCAUCUUGGGUAUGAAGAGUACCGACGAGGAUGUGGCUAAGCUUGCGGUUGAGUUUUGGAGCACCGUGUGCGAGGAGGAGAUUGCCAUUGAGGACGACAAUGCCCAAGUCGAAAGCUCUGACCAGAUGAGGCCCUUCUACUUCUUCAGCCGUGUCGCGACGAACGAGGUGGUACCCGUGCUUCUGGGCCUUCUGACUCAGCAAGACGAGGAUGCGGCAGACGACGAGUACAACAUUUCGCGCGCUGCCUACCAGUGUCUCCAGCUCUACGCGCAAUCUGUCGGUGCCACCAUCAUCCCCCCGGUCAUCCAGUUCGUCGAGGCCAAUCUGCGCCACGAGAACUGGCAUAACCGGGACGCUGCCGUCUCUGCCUUUGGCGCGAUUAUGGAUGGUCCCGAAGAGAAGGUGCUCGAGCCUAUCGUAAAGUCGGGCAUGCAGCCACUGAUAAGCAUGAUGGAGGAUCCCUCUGUCCAUGUCCGGGACUCGACAGCCUAUGCACUGGGCCGGAUUACAGAGACGUGCUCAGAGGCUAUUGAUCCGAGCCAGCACCUCGAUCCCUUGAUCCGUUCGCUGUUUAACGGUCUGAUGAACAGCCCCAAGAUGGCGGCCUCCUGCUGCUGGGCGCUGAUGAAUAUCGCGGAGCGGUUUGCAGGCGAGCCGGGCGCGGCUCAAAACCCGCUGACGCCGCACUUCAACCAGAGUGUCACCAAUCUCCUGGCGGUAACCAGCAAGCUGGAUGCCGAGCCUACCGUGCGGACUGCGGCAUACGAAGUCCUCAAUGUCUUCGUCCAGAACGCUGCAAAUGACAGUCUGCCUGCCAUUGCUUCCCUCUGCACAGUUGCCCUUGAGCGUCUGGAGCAGACGAUCCCCAUGCAGCAGCAGGUUGUCAGCGUCGAGGAUAGGAUUAUCCUGGAGGAUAUGCAGACCAGUCUCUGCACAGUCCUUCAGGCCACUAUUCAACGGUUGGACAAGGAGAUCACUCCACAGGGUGAUCGGAUCAUGGAGAUCCUUCUGCAGCUUCUAAACAGCGUUGGAAGCAAAUCUAGCGUACCUGAGUCAGCCUUUGCGACCAUCAGUAGCCUUGCGAACGCGAUGGAAGAAGAGUUCAUCAAGUACAUGGACGCCUUCGCUCCGUUCCUCUACAAUGCGCUCGGCAACCAGGAAGAGCCCAGUCUCUGCUCGAUGGCUAUCGGCCUCGUCAGCGACAUCACGCGAUCGAUGGGCGAGCGCAGCCAGCCGUACUGCGACAACUUCAUGAACUAUCUCCUGGGCAAUCUUAGGAGCACUGCCCUCGCGAAUCAGUUCAAGCCCGCCAUUCUCCAAUGCUUUGGCGAUAUCGCUGCGGCUAUUGGAGGGCACUUUGAGACGUACCUCACGAUCGUUGCCCAGGUGCUACAGCAGGCUGCUACCAUCACGGCUGGCGCCGACGGCUCAUACGAGAUGUUCGACUACGUCAUCUCCCUAAGGGAAGGUAUCAUGGAUGCGUGGGGCGGUAUCAUUGGUGCUAUGAAAACCAGUGGCAAGACCGCCAUCCUCCAGCCUUAUGUGCAAUCGAUCUUCGAGCUACUCAACAGCAUUGCUAAUGAUGCCAAUCGGAGCGAGGCUUUGAUGCGGGCGUCGAUGGGCGUCAUUGGUGAUCUCGCAGAUGCGUAUCCAAAUGGGCAGCUGGCCGAUGCUUUCCGGCAAGACUGGGUCACGGCGAUGAUCAAGGAGACGCGAUCGAACCGAGAAUUCCAGUCUCGCACCAUCGACACUGCUCGGUGGGCGCGGGAGCAGGUUAAGCGCCAAAUCGGCGGCACUCAAACCGUCAUGCAGACAUGA